ACCUAACCAUGCCACCCUCAUUCCUAAUGCUCUUCCAUUCUUCUUCCACAUUCCUUUGUCCUAUUCCCACGUUGUCGAGUCGCAUCUGCAUGAUCAUAAGUUCACGAUCAGCAUCCAUGUCAUGAUGCGACAUAUAUGUUCCCUUUAAGGCAUCCGUGUUACAUGAGCCGUAGAUCUGAGAGAGAUAACGGCCAAUUGUGACAGACGUCAAGAUGGCAAAGUUCCGCUCGAGGCUAUAUAAAACCGAUCGAGCUCGGGAUUUUGAACAUGAACAGGACCGCCAUGUUCGCAUGCGGCAGGUCUACGAAACUAUCGAUCGACAGGGCUAUCAAUGGAUUGUCGUAUUUGUGGCCGGGGUGGGCUUUUUCCUCGAUGGGUAUACACUAUUUGCAAGCAACAUGGCUUUCCCGAUGCUAUCCUACGUCUACUGGAAAGAUGAAAUAUCUUCUAUGAAUCUCACAAAUAUUAAUAUCGCUACGUUAGCUGGUACAAUGUUAGGACAGGUAUUGUUUGGAUUUUUGGCAGACAAAUAUGGGCGGAAGAAGAUGUAUGGUCUAGAGCUGAUGCUCUUGAUUACCUCAACCUUAGGGGUGGUCAUGGCCUCAAACGGCGUACACGGUAGUAUGAGUGUGUAUGCAUGGCUGGUUUGGUGGAGGAUUGUCGUCGGCAUCGGCGUCGGUGCUGAUUAUCCACUGAGUGCCGUUAUUACAUCUGAAUUUGCACCCACGAAGCAUCGCGCACGAAUGAUGGCGUCGGUUUUUUUCAUGCAGCCACUAGGUCAGAUCACGGGCAAUAUAGUGUCACUUGUUGUGGUCGCCGUCAGCAAGCGUCAAGGGCACGGGGAUCUCACCCGCACCCUUGAUACCAUGUGGAGAUGGGUUAUUGGAAUUGGAGUAGUUCCUGGCGCGGUCGCAACGGUGUUCCGUUUCAUUAUCCCAGAAAGUCCGCGGUUCAUGCUCGAGGUCGAGGACGAUCCCGUACAGGCAGAAUUCGACGCAACCAACCUCUUCAACGAACCGCCUAGCACUCCGUCUAUAGAGACAGGAAGUUGGAACCACCUUCCCCUCCCAGCGAUUUCUAUGAUGAGUCAAUGUUACUCCGAACGAUCACCCUCACAGACAGAAAUUCUUCAGCCCGCGACCCUCAACUCACACUGGCAUCUGACUCGGAAGGAUAUUACACAGUAUUUUUGGACGGAAGGAAACUGGCGCACCCUCGCUGCCACCUCCCUCGCCUGGCUUUUGCUCGACUUUGGCUUCUACGGAAUCGGCCUCUCGAACCCACAAUUCCUUGCCAAGACAUGGGGUUCCCUCAAACUACAUGGCCCAGCACCUGUCUGGCAAACGAAUGAUACUCCCGGUGCCGAUGUUUACAAGAUGUUCCUGGAUAGUUCUGUCCACGCCCUUGUCAUCCUCAAUAGUGGUAGUUUCCUCGGGGGUUUACUCUUGAUUCUCGUUAUCCACCGCCUUGACCGCGUUGCACUUCAGAAAUACGGGUUUUUGGCGUUGGCAGCCCUCUUUAUCGCGCUAGGAACUAUGUUUCUGACCGUCCACAAAGAGGGUGCGGUAGCCGUGGCCCUGUACAUCAUCGGUCAGGCCUUCUUCAACUUCGGCCCAAACGCAACAACCUAUAUAAUUCCUGCCGAGAUCUUUCCCACGCGAUACCGUGCCACAUGUCACGGAAUCAGUGCGGGCGCUGGCAAACUUGGCUCGAUUCUCGUCCAAAUCUUCUCUGCACACUUCAACUUCGGCUCGGGUCUCGGCAAUGAGCCCAUCAUUCGCCACGGCUGGGUUCUGAUUGUCUUCAGCGUAUGCAUGAUGCUAGGCGCAGUGGUCACCCAUUUCUGGAUCCCGCCAGUGCAGCGACAGGACGGCAAGGGGAAAUUCUGGGGUGGAAAGACGGAGACCUUGGAGACCUUGGCGCUGGGAAGGAUGGGAUGGAAGAGUCGGUAUGCGGUCAAACCGAGGGAAAGAGAAAGGGUGAUAUCCCCGAGCUUUUCACCCGGUGGGUUUGGCUUAUAGUGAGGUAUUGUUCUUGUAUAUAUAUAUAUAUGUAGGGAGGGGUAUAUAAUAGGCACAAACUACAAACAAAUAGAUUUGCCAAGAGGAAGACUAAGAAGCAAAUAGUUCGUUGGUACGGCACAUCUAAAAUGAUGAAAAAAACAAGUGCAUCAUCCGUGAAUCGAAC